AUGGAGCAAUUGUCAGAUGAAGAGCUUGACCAUGGUGCCGAAGAAGAUAGUGAUAAGGAAGAUCAGGAUCUUGACAAGAUGUUUGGGGCCUGGCUGGGUGAACUGGACAAACUCACACAGAGUUUGGAUGCGGAUAAGCCUGUGGCACCAGUGAAGAGGUCACCUCUCCGCCAGGAAACCAAUCUUGCCAACUUCUCAUAUCGCUUCUCCAUGUACAAUUUGAAUGAAGCCCUGAAUCAGGGGGAGACUGUGGAUCUGGAUGCCCUCAUGGCUGAUCUCUGUUCCAUAGAGCAGGAGCUCAGCAGCAUCGGCUCUCAUUCAGCAAACAACGCUGCAGUGAAACGCCUUGCCACAGAACCCAAAACUCAGAAACCACCUGCUAGUCGACCUUCUGCUAAGCACAGCAGCGUGAAAGGAUUGUCCUCCUCCUCUGCUAAGGUGACUAAACCAUCACAUGCCAACGUGUCUCUGGAUGACAUCACUGCACAGUUAGAGAAGGCCUCUUUGAGCAUGGAUGAAGCAGCCCAGCAGUCUCUUGCAGAAGACACCAAGCCAGUGGUUGCUGCCCAGCACAGGAGGACAGCGUCUGCUGGCACGGUGAGCGAUGCUGAGGUGCGCUCCAUCAGUAACUCCUCCCGUUCCAGCGUGACCUCAGCAGCUUCCAGCAUGGACUCCUUGGAUAUCGAUAAGGUGACGAGACCUCAGGAGCUGGACUUGACAUCACAAGGGCAACCAAUCACUGAGAAAAGAAACCAGUGGCAGCACUCCUAUUUGGACAGGGAAACCUCCCUUCUUCUGAGAAACAUUGCAGGAAAGCCCUCUCAUUUGCUGACCAAGGAGGAACAGGCUGCUAAACUGAAAGCUGAGAAGAUUAGGGUUGCAUUAGAGAAGAUUAAAGAAGCACAAGUGAAAAAGUUAGUGAUCAGAGUCCAUAUGUCUGAUGACAGCUCAAAAACAAUGAUGGUGGAUGAGAGGCAAACAGUGAGACAAGUAUUAGACAAUCUGAUGGACAAAUCACAUUGUGGCUACAGUUUAGACUGGUCAUUGGUGGAAACCAUCUCUGAAUUGCAAAUGGAAAGAAUUUUUGAAGAUCAUGAAAAUUUAGUUGAAAAUCUCCUGAACUGGACAAGAGAUAGUCAAAACAAACUAAUGUUUGUGGAACGUAUAGAGAAAUACGCACUUUUCAAGAAUCCACAGGAUUAUUUAAUUUCAGUCAUUCAAAACAAACCACUGCAUGCUCUCUGUUCUGUCUGUUUCCCAAACUGCUGUGUUUAUUGGCAGGAAUGCUUCUGUGGAAGUUCUGUAACUGUGCCAGAGAUUGAGGGAGUUUUGUGGCUAAAAGAGGAUGGUAAGAAAUCUUGGAAGAAACGUUACUUCCUUCUUCGGGCUUCUGGAAUCUACUAUGUCCCUAAAGGGAAGGCAAAGGUCUCACGGGAUCUUGUGUGCUUUCUACAGCUAGACCAUGUCAGUGUUUACUAUGGACAGGACUAUCGGAACAAGUACAAGGCACCCACAGACUAUUGUUUAGUGCUAAAGCAUCCUCAGAUCCAGAAGAAGUCCCAGUAUAUCAAAUAUCUUUGCUGUGAUGAUGUAAGAACUCUACACCAGUGGAUCAAUGGCAUCCGCAUUGCUAAGUACGGGAAGCAACUAUACAUGAACUAUCAGGAAGCAUUGAAGAGAACAGAAUCAGCAUAUGACUGGACCUCCUUGUCUAGCUCCAGUAUCAAGUCAGGCUCCAGCUCAUCUAGUUUGCCAGAAUCUCAGUCAAAUCAUUCUAAUCAGUCUGACAGUGGAGUUUCUGACACCCAGACAGCUGGACAUGUCCGUUCCCAAAGCAUUGUCAGCUCCAUGUUCUCUGAGGCCUGGAAACGAGGCACCCAACUGGAGGAAUCCAGCAAGGUGUCAAAAGUGAAGCUCAGCACAACUAAGGGCAGCACACCCAUGGUGCCUUAUACAGGGCACAAUUAAGGUCAGGUGGUGCUAAUUGAAAAUUCAUUAACUUUGGGUGAUUGGGAGAAUGGUAAUUUACAGACUAACGCUUGCAAGACAUCAAGAUUUCUGUUUUGUAAUUUGAACACCUUGAUUUAGUUCCAGACCUGUUAAUAUUCUUGCCUUCCAAACCUAAUGUGACAGAUAGAGGCACACCCCGUUUUGUUUUAAAAUCACUGUUUAUUGCUUCUGACUCUAAUCCUUUUGGUGGAGUUCUGCACAUACAGACUCUGUGCGCCUCUGUUUAGAACAAAGCAAUAUGUAAAUGUGCUCUUCCCGUGCAGAUGAGCAUAAUUGGGCUAACUUAUUGCAAAGUACCUACUAAUAAGGUAUAGGUACCCAGUGUGGUCAGUUGCCAUGGUGGUGGUGUACUUCUAAUGCAUGUUUCUAGGCUCUGCAAUGUAAAAUUCACAACUUGGCUUGUAGCCAAAAACACUUGGUAUUAGGAGGAUGUUUAUAAAUUUGAGUAAUGCAAUUAUUGUUUUAAGACUAAAGUAGGCUUACAGUUUUUGAGAAACAACUUGAGCACAUCCCUGCGAGCAGACUAAAAUAUUGCCUGUUGCUUUCCCAUUGAUCCUUCCGUUAGUCAGCUUUUCUCUGUUUUUCCUUAUUUUUUCUGCUUAACAUAUGAGUUGUAUGUGUAACUUUCCUUUCCCAAGUUCACUUUGUUAUGCAGAUGUCUAAACAUUUCCUUCUGGGUAAAUUUCCCUAGAAAAACUUGGUUCUCCUUCUUUUCUCCCUAUUUUUUCCUUGCCAGUCCUGGAUAGCAGAGCACAUGAAGGAAAAAUAUCUCAGUGCAGAGAUUGCUCUCAGUGUGUUUUAGAGCAGUUCAGGAUUUCUGUAUUUCCAGUGUAAGGCCUGAACUAGCAGAUGUAAGGAUUUACAUGCUCUGGGAGACCGUGUGUGGUUUGAUUCCAGUCCUACUGAGCUGAGAUGUCCACAGAGUCUCUGGCUCUGGCUCUUUCAUGCCCUGGGGUGCUUUGGGGGGACUCUGGGUCAUUACAAUCGCCCAGAGGAGGACAGUAAUUCUCACUGGGUCCCACUGCCUGUCCCACAGAAGUAACGAGGCUGGCAUAUUUUCCCUCUGUCACUUGGCAUCGUGUGGAGCAGAACUGGCUCCACCGAUUUUUGCAGGCUCCCCUCCCGGCCCUCCCCAUCCCCUUGCAUGGUCCAGGCUUGUCAGUGUAUGGAAUUGUCUCUUACUCCAGUGUUUUGCUAAUAAUUCUUGCAUGCUGUAAUCCGCCACUUUAUUUUUAAUGUCGGGCACAUUUAAACCUUGACUUUAUAAUCUCUUUGUCUCUUU